GUGGGAUAGAGGGACCCUCCAGUCUGGGAACGGAACUGUGGCUGUGGGGACGGACGGGGACCUCACCGAGAGGAGAGAGGGACGCUGGCUGUGGGAGUCAGCCCAAAUCUGUGGGGACAGCCGUGUGGCUGGGAUGGAGCCCUAAUCGUGGGAUGGAGCCCCAUGGGGACAGAUGGGGUCCCGGCUGUAGUGGCAGCUCUCUGGCACUGGGGAUGUGUUUCCCGCUGAGAUGUCCGUGAGGACGGGUCCCCACCUGCCAGGUCUCUCCUAUUCCUGCCCUGGGCAACUCUGCCAGCCUGGCCCUGCUUGCAGCAGAAGAAUAGCAGAGCAGAAGGUGGCAGCUGGGGUGCAGGUGACAGGCUCGGCCAUGCCUUGCCCUGCAGCAGAUGUGGGACUGGGAGAUCUGUGGACUACAAUCCUUCUCCCAGAUCUCAGGCUUUGUCCCGAUGCCAACCCACUCACCAGCUCCCUCGAGGCACGGAUACCGUCAGCAUCAAGGAGAGCACUGCCAGGCACCUCCAAACAGCCCACAAAGGCGAGGAUCCCAGGGCACAGCCUGUCCACCAGCACCGAGGUGGUUAAACGGGCUCUAUUCCAGCCCCGGCCCUGCUGCCUGCAGGGGAAGUUGCUGGUUUGGGGCCAAGGGGAGGGCCGUGCAGGGGACUCCUGGGCAGCCCUUUGUCCCAGGCUCAGCGCCCGCACUCCAGGUACGCGCUGACACCGAGGUGAGCAGCAGCUGGCCCCACUGGCAGCAGCACAGGAGCAGGGGAAGCACUUCUCAGCUGGAUGGUUACAUCUGUGCAAACCAGCAGGGCUAAUAGGACUGGAGAUGGCACAAUAGAGGAGUUCAUCACCUUGUUUAUGAUAUCUUCUGCCCUUCAUUACCGUACAGGGCAGGGCUCUUGGCGAUAGGAUAAGGGCACUGGUCACCCUUAUUUAUCACUGGAGAUACUGACUGAAACAGGAAUCGCCGUCUUUUGUGGCUUUGCCAAAGGUCUUCCUUUCCUAUUAAACUGCUGACCUGGCCUGGCUACAAGGUUGGAAGAGGAAUGGCGUACAAAGCCAAGGUCAUCGCAGGUCUCCUGUCAGCCACCUGUGUCUUCAGCAUCAUUGCCCUCAUACUGAGUGCUGUAAAUGUGAAGGAUGUGUUUCUGCCUCCUGGCACUAAGUACGGCCUGGUGUUCGACGCCGGCUCCACGCACACGGCUCUCUACGUCUACCAGUGGCCCGCAGACAAGGAGAACGGCACGGGCGUCGUCUCCCAGGUGGAGUCCUGCAUUGUGAAUGGAUCUGGCAUCUCCAGCUAUGCAGAUGAUCCCGCUGGAGCUGGUGCCAGUCUGAAGCCCUGCCUGGCCAAGGCCAUGACAAUCAUCCCUGCAGAGCAGCAGCAGCAGACACCCACCUACCUGGGGGCCACAGCGGGCAUGCGGCUGCUGAGGGAGCAGAACAGCACAAAAGCUGAGCAGGUCUUCGCUGAGGUCAGCAAGGCCAUUCGUGAGUACCCUGUGGACUUCCGUGGAGCUCAGAUCCUCUCUGGGAAUGAGGAGGGUGCCUUUGGCUGGAUCACUGUCAACUACCUGCUGGAGACACUUAUCAAGAUUUCCUUCGCAGGAGAAUGGGAACAUCCACAAAACACUGAGGUCCUGGGAGCUCUGGAUCUUGGAGGAGCCUCAACACAAAUAACCUUCCAGCCUGGAGUCACCAUUGAAGACAAAAACACGUCUGUCCUCUUCAGGCUGUACGGCACCAACUUCUCACUCUACACCCACAGCUACCUGUGCUAUGGGCAGACGCAGGCCUUGAAGAGGCUGAUGGCAGCUCUCCAUCAGGACAGCCUAUAUGCCCAGCACGUAUCACACCCCUGCUACCCCAACGGAUACCAGGAGAACAUCACCAUAGCAGAGCUCUACGACAGUCCCUGCGUCCCCAUUCCAAGCAUGCUCAGCCCUGCACAGAUCCUCACAGUAACAGGGACAGGGAACCCAGCGGCGUGCCGCACCGCCAUCCUGAAGCUCUUCAACUUCACCUGUGGGGCCAACAGGACGUGUGGGUUCGAUGGGGUCUAUCAGCCUCCUGUGCGGGGACAGUUCUUUGCCUUUGCUGGGUUCUACUACACCUUCUCCUUCCUGAACCUGACCAGCCAGCAGUCUCUAAGCCAUGUCAAUGCCACAGUCUGGGACUUCUGCAACAAGAACUGGUCCAAGCUGGUGGAGACCUUCCCAGACAAUAAGGAGCACCUACACACAUACUGCGUGGCGGGACUUUACAUCUUGACACUGCUGGUCGAUGGCUAUAAGUUUGAUGAGCAGACGUGGAGCAACAUCCACUUCAGCCAGAAGGCAGGAAACACAGAUAUUGGCUGGACGCUGGGCUUCAUGCUGAACCUCACCAACAUGAUCCCCACGGAGGCUCUGGAACACGUCAAGGGUCAGCAGCCCAGUCUGUGGGCAGGAGCCAUCUCCUUCAUUGUGCUGGCUAUAGUUACAGGCCUGGUGGCAAUUCUCCUCCAGUGUUUCUGGAAAUCCAAGUAGCUCCAGGUAUCAAGCCUAGGGGCACCCUGCCUUCUAAACCAGGCAGGGAGAGUGGUGCAAGAAAAGGUGGAAGCAAGAGAGGGAAGAAGGCAUUAAGCCCCACCUCCACUGCUCAUGAAGUCUUCUUGAACCACCUCUGUGAAGACAUCAAAGGCAUCUUGAGCUCCCUACAAAUCUCAACGAGGAAAUGAUGCCAGAAACCUCUUAGAUCUGGCUGACAAAGGCCAAACUGAGAUGUGGCGGCCAUAUAAAUUCAAGCUAGAAAUAAAACCCUUUUUGUUUUUCAAAUACAAAGGUCGCUAACCAGCCUAGCAGAGCUUCCGUCCCUUGGCACUUCCACUCCUGCUGGGUUGGCUCUCCCAGCUGCAGCUGUGGAAGGCAAUGAGUGCUGGAGAGCAGCGGUGGCCACCUACGCUCUGAGGAGAGGACUGACAUUUUCUGUAUCCUGUCUUGUAUAAGAUAUGCAAGAUUUUUGUAGUACUUGGUAGAAUAUCUUUCCAAGGACAGACUGUCAGCUGUCUUUAAGAUAUUUACUGGCAUAUCUCAGCAAAAAAAUACAAUUGGAACUUGAUUUAA